AUGGCGAACACGUACAACUAUGCGCUUGGGAAAGAUGUGAAAAUCUUCAUCGGAGGUAUCCCUGCUGCCAUCACUGAGGAAAAACUUCGGUGGGAGCUUUCUAAGUUCGGAGGGCUUACGUCAACGUUCUAUAUGCCUGACCUAAACCAAGGCUCCAGCGGUUGGGCAUUUGCGACGUACACAGAUCGAGAUGAUGGCGCAGCCGCCGUGGAGGCCAUAGAUGGCAAGUUGUACUUCGAGGGGUUGGAAGAGCCGUGCAAAGCGCAAGUUGUGACGACACGGAAUCCGCCUGAUAGCCUCAAGGCGACCUGCAGCACCCACAGCGGACCUGUGAUGGCUGCCGGAUAUUGGCAGCAGUUCACCAACGCCGAUGGAAUCCCCUAUUACUACAAUAUGCGCACUGGACAGACGCAGUGGCGUCGACCAUUGGAGAUGGAACACCAGGUGCCCGUGGCUAGGCCGGUGGUCGGCAACACCCUAUUCGGACCUCCAGGAUCCAACCUCUUCGUGUUCCACCUGCCUGCCGAAUGGGACGAUGCGGACUUCGUACUGAAUUUUCAGCAGUUUGGGACCGUGCUGAGCGCACGGGUACAACGAGACAGCGCGGGGCGCAACAAAGGUUUCGGGUUCAUCUCCUACGACAAUCCGCUCUCUGCGUUGAAUGCGAUCAAAAGCAUGAACGGGUUCAAUGUAGCAGGCAAGUACCUGAAAGUUCAACUGAAAAAGGGGGAGGAGCAUUGCGUAUACCCUAACACUGGCGGGGGUCCUUCCAUUUGCGGCGGCCGGAGCGAAAGCAUCAGGAGCAACACCUCCGCUGGCAAGCAAUACAGACGCCAGCUGCAGCGAGACAACCGCGGAAAGGCGGAGCACACGCCCACUAAGUGA